GCUUUCUGUGCCGUCCGCCGUGCCGUAUCUUGUGUCUGCAUUCGCAUGACCCAAAUGUCGCAUAGCGGAUGAAGAGUGAGAAGCAUGUGUUUGUAAAUGGAAAUGUGCUUGUGUGCGUUGUAUGCUACGGCUUGAACGAGCAGUAAAAAGAGACAGUCGAUAUGCGCAUGUACAAGAUUGACAGCUGUUUGUCGACUCAAUAACUAAAAAAGCAUGUGAGUGGCCUGUGCACCGCUAAUUUCAAGAGUGAGACAAAAAAAUUCUUUCAGAAUGUUUGCCGCCAGAUUGUUGAAUAAAUUUCGUGCCAGAAGUAACUUUUUGUAUUCAGACUUUCGGCAAAAAUCGAAUGCACCCAGAAGAAUGAGUAAAAUCGUGUGGAUUGAUAUGGAAAUGACCGGUUUGAACGUUCGUAAAGAUCGAAUCAUGGAAAUUGCCUGUCUCAUUAGCGAUAAUAAUUUGAAUGUUCUGGUUGAACAUCCAACGAUCAUCAUAAAUCAACCCGAUACACUACUUGCAUCCAUGGAUGAAUGGUGUACAACGACCCAUACACAAACCGGGCUCUUGGAUGAAUGUAAGAAAUCAAAUAUAACAGAAGAUCAAGCUGAGGACAAAAUAUUGAAGUUUCUGGAUCAAAACGGUGUUGAUGCGUCAUCUUCUCCAUUGGCUGGUAAUAGUGUGUACAUGGAUCGAAUGUUUCUCAGAGAAUACAUGCCCCGGCUCAAUGAGUAUCUACAUUAUCGCAUUAUUGAUGUAUCUACGGUAAAAGAACUGUGCAAGCGAUGGAAUAAAUCCAUAUUUUCGAAUGUACCACGUAAAAAGAACGUUCACCGUGGCAUAGAUGACAUCAAAGAGAGCAUCGAAGAGCUCAAAUACUAUAGAAAAUUCAUGUUUCCACCAGCUAGCAAAUGAUUUCUUUUAAUUCCAAUUGAAAAUGCGGGAACAGAUUGUUUUGCUGAUAAGAAUUUAGCGUUUUUUUUUUUAGGUUAAGUUAGUGCGAGAAUACGUUUAAUGCCCAAUGUUUUCACUGUGUGCUAUAAAAGUUGAAAUGAUACUAUUUAUGGAUAACUGACAGUUCCGUUGGAAUUAUGAUUAUAUUUUAUAAGUACGUUGUAUAGAGAGAAUUGUUGCUAAGUCGAUCAAAAAUUGUACAAUAAAAAUCAUGCAAUACGA